UAUUUGGACUAACCACUGACUAUUAAACACCAUUCAUGAAUCACGAUCCAUUUCAACCAAUAAUUCAUCAUUUUCAUCAAACUUUCCAACCUUUUUUGAAACGCUUUAUAUUCAUCCAUCCAUUCAUUCCUCCAUUAUUAUUCUUCUGCUACCCUACAUAAAUAUACCAACCAUUCAUUCAUUCACUCAAUCACUUAUUUUCUAUUCACCAUUAUUAUUUUAUUCAUUCAUUCAUCUCCCAUUUUCCUCCAUUACGUAACCAUGGCACCCGAAAUCGGAACCGGAACCGGAACCGAAACCGAAACCAGAACCGAACCCGAAACAACUCAUAUCUUAGUGAUCCCAUACCCAGCACAAGGUCAUAUGAUACCAUUGUUAGAUCUCACGCACCACCUUUUAUCCACGCGCCGCCUUACCAUCACCAUCGUAACCACCCCAAUGAACCUUCCUCUUUUAUCUCCUCUUCUUACUCUUUUUCCUUCCAAUAUUACCCCUCUUGUAUUACCCUUUCCUUCGGCUCCCGGAAUUCCCGCCGGAAAAGAGAAUACAAAGGACUUGCCGCCGGCGAGUUUCCGGCAGAUUAUACCUGCUCUGGCGAGAUUGCGGGAUCCGUUAGGUCACUGGUUCGAAUCUCAUCCCAGUCCUCCUUUUGCGAUUAUUUCGGAUAUGUUUCUUGGUUGGACGCAUCGUUUUGCGGUUGAUAUGAAGGUUAAACGCGUCGUUUUUUCUCCUUCUGGGGGUAUGGCUUUGUCCGUGAUUUACUCCCUUUGGAAAAAUAUGCCUAAAGGAGGGGAUCAAAACGGUGACGUUUUGUUUGAGGAUGUGCCGAAUUGUCCAAAAUACCCUUGGUGGCAGCUGUCCCCAGUUUAUAGGUCUUACGUGGAAGGGGACCCGGAUUCGGAGUUGAUUAAGGAUGGGUUUUGGGAUAAUAUGGCUAGUUGGGGGGUUUUGGUUAACUCUUUUGAUGGGUUGGAAAGAGUUUAUUUGGACCAUUUGAGAGGUAGUAUGGAUUAUGAUGAUCGGGUUUGGGAUGUGGGCCCGUUGGUUCCCGCUACAGGGUACAAUGAUCGAGGUGGAGCUAGUUCGAUUGAGGUGGAUAAGAUGUUAGCUUGGCUUGACACGUGUCGAGAUAAUGAGGUGGUGUAUGUAUCAUUUGGAACCCAGGCUAUACUAACAAGUCAACAAAUUGAGGCGAUCGCUGAAGGACUAGAAAGAAGUGGUGUUAGAUUUAUUUGGCCAAUAAGGGACCAUGUCACGGCUAACCAAAUGGAAGGAGACCGUGACCGUGAGACGGUCAUGACCGGUUUUGAGGAUCGUAUGACAGGCCGAGGGAUUGUCAUAAGAGGGUGGGCUCCACAAGUUCUGAUUUUAAGGCAUCGAGCAGUUGGCACAUUCUUAACUCAUUGUGGGUGGAACUCGAUCCUUGAAGGGAUCAUGGCUAGUGUAAUGUUGCUUGCUUGGCCAUUUGGUGCCGAUCAAUUUUCAAAUGCAACAUUGCUAGUGGACUACUUGAAAGUUAGUGUUAGAGUUUGUGAGGGAUCUAACACAGUUCCUAAUCCAUGUGACUUGGCUCAAAUCUUAGCCAACUCGGCUAAUCAAGACGAAGCUAGUAGACAAAAGAUCAUCAAAUUACAAAGUAAUGCAUUAGAGGCUUUAAGUGAGACUGGAAGUUCUUCCAAAGCCUUAUCUAGGUUUGUUAACAAGUUAUGUGAGCUAAAGACUAGGCCUAAAAGUCACAUCAUUUCUCAUAACAAUCUCGUUGAAUGAUUUGAAUGCUUAAUGGUUGUAUUAUGUAUUUUAGUAUUUAUGUGAUGAUAAUGUAAGUUGGUUGAAGUUAUGCAUCUAGAUUUAUAAUCGUUUACAUGUGUAAAAAAAUUAAUAAUAAAUUACUUUAUA